CGUUUUCUCUCCAUUCUUAAAAAGCAAACAUCUGAUUUCUGCGUGUGCGUGUGUUUGUUUGUACACAGUUUUGGCCAUGUCGAGGCUUCAACUUUUUCUCUGCUUUUACCUUGCGACUCUCGUGACGUCACACGACAUUAACGUGAAGUGUCAGGAAAAUUAUAAUUUGCCCCCUUCGAGUGACAACAGUCCAUCUAAGCUAGCAGACUUGAAGUUUGAGCUGGUAAACGUGUCAGGAAUAAAAAUGGUAAAUCUAAGCUGGGCAAUCAACAUUGAUGCUAGCAUAAAAUAUCUGAUCGGCACACGCAUUUCAGGGGAGUCGGUCUACCUCUGUGAAUACUAUCCACCUCUGGCCGAGUUUAACCUCACUGGGAUACAGCAGAAAUGGUUUCAUUACUUACUGCAUAGUAGCUACGGCGCCACGGUCGAGGUGGCCAACCUUCCAUUGCCACCACUGGGGAGCGGCCCUUCUUCUAAGUUUGCAAAAUUCAUCACUACUCCACCCACAUACAGUCUCUGGAAGCCGACUGAUUCUCCUACAGCUGAGAUCACAACAGAGAACCCCACUGCAGAACCUAAAAACAAUUUCACCAGCAUAUCGUUGAAACUUUAUCUCGGACUGGCUGUUUUGAUUAUCCUAACGUCUGGAUACAUUAUCUAUAAACGGUAUGGGACAAACCUGGCCAUAUCAACGGGCUUUAAAAGGUUACCGACAUCAACCCAAGUUCCCAUCCACGUGCUUUUGGUGUACCCCCCUGAGAAUGGAGCCUUCCAGAAGGCUGUGAUGGCCUUGGCAGAAUUCCUGCAGAAGCACGCAUGCUGCAGUGUUGCCAUCGACGUAUGGCAGCAGAGCAGAAUUGCACACGAUGGUCCCAUGCGCUGGUUGGCGGAGCAAGUCAAAGCUGCACAGCGCGUCCUCAUCGUCUGCCCACCGUCAAGCCGGCCUCCUCCCAUCUGCAUCUCCACCUCCAGGGGGAUGACCUCUAUACCAGCUGCAGCUCACGAUCUUUACCCCUUGAUCCUCAACAUGGUGGCGAGCCACGCUAAGAGUGCUCACGAGCUCGCUAAAUUCUGGGUGCUGCAACUAGGCGGUCAGCAAGGGAAGAGGCCUGGUGACGUGGCUCCAGAACUGAGUGCAUGCAAGCUCUUUUGUUUACUGAAAGAUCUGAACAAACUGUGUCGCAGUCUGCACACUCAAAAGCAAGAUAGUAAAAUGAGAUGGACUCUUGUCUUUGGACCUGGAGUAAUAGAUGAGAGUAUGGUGAAAUUAAGGGACUCUGUUGAAAAGCUUAGUGGACAUUGUUUAUUGAUUCCCACAGAGGCAGUGCCGGUCAAUUGUGAAAUCACCUCCGUUUGAAGAAAUUUAAUGAAAUGUAUGGAUUAAUAUUAAGAAUCCACGUGAUGAACCUGUAUAGAAUCAUCCAUCCAAUACCUGCAAACGAGUCGCCGGCAUGCUGGAACGCAUCGCAGCUGUCUUUGGACAGAAGGCGGGAUACACUCUGAACUGACACAUUCGACACAUACUAGCACACAUAAACACAUUCACAGCCCUGUACAAUUUAGAGUGUUCAAUGAACCUACCAUGCAUGUUUUUGGGAUUUGCAGCUUGCAAUAUGUGUCUACCAGUAGCAGACAUAAAUAAUAAAAAGGCAUCACAUGCCAGAAGCGAUACUAUAAAGUACUGUGCAGUAAGAACCAUGUCUAGAGUAAAUUUUGAAAUAUUCCACAAACAGGAUUAAAAAAAAUCCCAUGAUAUCGUGUUAUAC